AUGAAACUAUUCAGUCUCCCUUAUCUUGCAUACUCUCGAAUCAUCACUUCAAUGAAUCCGAUAGAAGUGCUUUUUCUCUCAUUUUGUUCUAAAAAAUCAAGAGAACGAAUCAAACAGAUACGUUUUCACGCGUAUUAUGCGGUGAUUUCCACAGAAAUUGUCGAACCGAAAUCACCGACUCUUCAAUUACAAUGUUCGCUUUCAAGUCGAUAUAUAUUGAUUCCAUUCCAGCUUGCUCCUCGUUGGGCUCGGUGUGAGGGGAGAAGAUUUACAGGGACUAUAGAUGGAGUCAGACAUUAUUUUAGAUCCAUGGAUGACGAGGAUGACGGUACCAUUUUGUACAGUGAUAUCAAGAAAAGUGGAUUUCAAAUAAGCAAUUACACUUUGGAUUUAGUACAAGGAAAAUUAGAAAAGCUAAGGAUGGACUUAAAUUUAAUUGAUGAUUGGAAAGGAUUCAUAGCUGAACCAUGUCUCAAAUCAGUUUCCAGAAUAGAAAUUCUUUCUGAGACUAUUACUUCUGAAAAAUUGUCCGCUUUAUUCAACAAUAUUGAAAAUCCUUGGCAUGUUCACAUUCACUCUAAAGUUGAGGGGCGAGUAAACCCAAAUUCGAUUAUUUUCCGAUCCUACAUACUAAUCAUAUACGAGACUAAUUGGAUUACAAGAGAACAUUUACUUGGAUUCAAUGGAAAAUACUUGUGUUUCAUCAAUCCUACUUUCGGUAUUGAAUCAAUUAUAGAAUUCAUAAAACAAUGGAAAAAUGGGAAUAAUACGAAAUUUGCAAUACUCAAAAUGGCAGAGGUAUCUCAAGAAUUUAUGAACAGAGACCGAUUUAUUUCCGAGUUCAACACAAAACCAUGGGAUCCAACGAAAAGAGAAAAAUGCUAUAUUUAUGAUAAAGAUCUUCUUUGGCAGAAGAACGGCUUGGAUGUUUGGAAGAACUCCUCCCUGGGCGAUGGUCACUCCAGCCAACAGCUUGUUGAGUUCUUCGUCGUUGCGGACAGCAAGUUGAAGAUGUCUUGGGGCGAUACGGGUCUUCUUGUUGUCACGGGCAGCGUUUCCAGCCAACUCGAGGACUUCAGCAGCGAGAUACUCGAGAACAGCGGCGAGGUAGACUGGGGCUCCAGCUCCAACACGUUGAGCGUAGUUUCCUUUGCGAAGGAUGCGGUGAAGACGACCGACUGGGAAUUGGAGUCCGGCUCUUGA